CUCGCGAUACCGGGACAGGUGUGCGGUUGCUAAGGCCGCCUGGUUACCGGGGCCUUUGACAGAGGGGACGGGUCCAGGCAGCUCCUCCCCCGUUGACGUGUCCUUCACCCGGUGCUGAGUGCCAGGGAGCCGGGUCCCAGGUAAGUGAGAUCCUCCAUGCACCGUGUCUGCCAGCCCUGCCCUGAGACCCGCUCUCCAUGGCCGGCCCCGCCGCGGCAGCUGCCCUGGGCUGCCCUUCCCAUCAUGCUCUAGCAAUCAUUGGGCUGCAUUCCUGGCUGAGCAUCAUGGGAGACGUAGUCCACAGUAGGUGCAGCCCCACAGGCUGGCUAUUGGUGUAUUAUCAUACAGGACAGGCACUGUGACUACACCUUUGGUGCAUGCCAUGGGCUCUAAGAGAAGGUGGGGGAUCAGUGCCCCCCUGUGCUGUGUGUGACAGCUGCAGCCUUUAAUACAGACACCCUGCCAGACUGGAGAGACACGGGCCUUAAUACACACACUGGCUUCCUUGGCUGGGGAGGGCUUCCUUGGCUGGUUAUGCCAACAUAGAUGGUUGGCCUGGAAAUACAGGAGCUCAUCCUUAUUCAAAAUAAAAAUGCCCAGACUGUGAAUCAUCUGUCUUAGCUCAUGCAAAACCAUGGCAGUUGCUUUUCCCCCUGCUUUAAUUAACAUGUGCUUUUUAAAGGUUAUUUUAUUGAUAGAUUUUGUAUCUUUAAGACUGCAGCUUAGUUUGAAAUUUAGUUAUCUUGCUAAAUUCUUAUCUAAAUUGCCUUUAAAAAAACGUUUGUGAGUUUACCAAUUUAAUGUACUCGUGACCUCCCAAGUUUGCUACAUCUUAGUAAAAUGUAUUUUAACCUCUGGGACAGGACCUAAAGUUGGUCCCCUUUGCUAUUCCCAAUAGAUGGGACAGGUAAAUAAUAUUUAAUUUGUUAGGUCCCAGCUGCCCACAAUCAGUGCUUGCUCUGUGCAAUGAUGAAUCUUAAAUCUGGGAAAAGUCUAAUUAAAGUGGCACACUAUGUACCAUAACCACUAACUGUAGUGGUUAUUCUACCAUAGGUGCUGCCUUCAAACUGUUUUUGGAGCAAUUUAAGAAAAACGGAUGAUUUCCUCAGGACCUAUAACAUCGCACUCUGUCCAGCUUCAAUGAUUUUUACAUCAUUUCAAGCCUGAAUCCGUCUGAGAACUCCUAAACCUAAACCAUUAUGUGUGAAUGGGUCACUCUGCAAACUUUAUAGCAUGCUAAUGCUAUUAUACAUAAUCUCGGUGCUGUUACAAAUUGUUGAAGUGUUGGUCCAACCACCAUGACCACUUCAGUGGUCUUCUCGAGUUAGUAUGUGCAGCAUUUUACUAGGAAACACUGUAAGUAAUUGGCUGAGAGCAGUCAGCUGAUGCUCUAGUCUAAGCCAAUGAAUGUGGAGGGCAUCAACUUCUGCAGAAGCGGGAAUAGAGUCCUCUGAGCCCAGUGGGGACCCAGGUAAAUUGGAAAAUGGUUUAGCAUUACAGGGGUACUCCUUACAUCAAAAAAAGUAGGCUGUAGUUGUUAAGAUGCUUGGAGUUAAUCUUUAGGAGUCAGUGUGCUUGUUGUUACCUAGUUAGCACAUUGCCAAAACAGGGAGACAGUUUGACCACCCAAAAAAGUUGCAAUUUUAUCUUCAAAAAAAUAAGUUAAAAAAUGUAUAUAUUUACAAACAAUAACAGUUUUGAUAUACAACUGUAAUAUAUGUUUAGUGGCUUACAUUUUUUUUUCACUGUGUACUAGUUAAUGAUAGUUUUCAUAUACAGAGUGAUUGUCAGUUAUCCUCCCAUUUCUUGGUGAUAUAAAGGAGCGGUUUAAGCACCAUAUUCUUGGUCAAACAGUUUUUAAAUGGUUUGACUGAAAUGUCAGGUUCCCAGGGCACCCACAUCCUGAUUUAUAGGUACAUAAGACUGUAAGCUCAUUUGAGUAGGGUCCUCUUCAACCUAUUGUUCCUAUAAGUUUUCUUGUUAUUGUCCUAUUUAUAGUUACAUCCCCCCUCUCAUAAUAUUGUAAAGCGCUACGGAAUCUGUUGAUAAUAAUAAUAAUAAUAAUAAUAAAUAUUAUUAAUAAUAAUAAGCCGAAAAGAUGUGUCCAUCAAGUUCAGACGUUCUUACAUCUGUUCUCACACGACUUCAGCUUACCAAAAUUGCUUAUAAUUUGUAUCUAUAUUUUAAUGUCAUUCAUUGACUCAGCAUGUCAGCUGACCCAUUCAGCCAGAGAGUGGUUCUAAAAUAUGGAUGAAAUUGCAGCUUCUACAUUAGCAAUUGAUGAGCAGAAUUUUUGGUCAAAUAUGCAAAAAUGGUUUGUCCACAAAUACCUACCCUUAUAGUGUUGCUUAUGUAGUAUAGUGCCAUCCCUGUACAAUAUUGUAUACUUCGUACAACAAACAAAAUUUGUUAAUACCAACUACUUCUAUCUGUGUGUAGGUGGAAUGCGUUGGAAACUUUUAUGGGAAGUACCUGUGCAGUUAUGGGGUGAACUCCUCUUUUUCCUGUUUGUUUAACUUUGCUCUUUGCUGGAGUUCUCCAACAUGGCAAGGUGAGUUAAGAGACAACAUUGUAGGAACAACACUAAAUUCAAAUAUAUCUUUGGAUAACACUAAAGAAAAAAUAUGAAUACAUUUUAUUUAUAUAUAUAUAUAUAUAUAUAUAUAAUAUUUUUUUAUGUAGUCCAUCUAAUUCCAGUUGUGACACCACUAGCCUCCUCUUGACAAUAUACUUGGUCCCUCCACACACGCACACACGCACACACACAGACUGAUGCCCCCUCCACACGCGCGCACACACACACACAGACUGGAGGGGGGCAUGGCCCCCUCUGGCCUCCCCCUAGCGAUGUCCCUGUCUGACAGAGACAUAACUCUACAAGUUCACCUGUGGGGAUUUUUUUUUCUUUCUGCUAGUUUAUCUCGUUUUAUUAUGGGACCUGUGCUUGUGUAAACAACUGGUGUUCAUGUGGGAUGAUUAUUAUUAUAUAUGUAUGUGUGUGUGUGUAUAUAUAUGUAUAUAUUACAAUGUUUAACACACAUCUGCACACCAGUCAAGUCAUAAGAUUUGCUUUUCCCACAGAAAUCACAAAUUUGCAGUGUUAUUACUACCGCAAAUGAUUCUGGGUGGGCAUAUGCAAAUUAGUUCAACAAAGAAUCAAAUUUUUGCCUCAUUCCAUUUUAAACAUGGAUUCCUUUGAGUCUGUAUUUGCUGUAUACAACAGCUUUGAAACACAACUUUCAAAGUUGCAAAGCCAGUGAACCACUCAUGGACAGCUGUUUCAUUGUUAAUGCAAAUCACCAGCAUGAGGUUGGUUGCUGGCUAGCUUUGAGGCUUGGAGGUACUUGUGAAGCAACAACAAAACAAAAAUCUGCACACCAGUCAAGCCAUAAGACUUGCUUUUCCUACAGAAAUCACAAAUUUGCAGUGAUGUUACUACUGCAAAGGAUUCUGGGUGGGCAUAUUAGUUCAACAAAGAAUCACAUUUUUGCUAUCUAUAUAUAUCAAAAAUGUGAUACUUUGAGGCAAUAUUUACAGUUGCCCAAUAACCUCUACAUUAAGCUGUACUGUGGAAUAUGCUGGCAUAUUUAUUUAUUUUUUACUUUAUUUUAUGAGUGUCUGAUUAAACAGCCAAGCAGUCUACCCUGUUGACACUACAGAUCCUGAUUGCUGCCAGCAAAUUGAUGUGUCUCUCUCUAUUUCAAACAUAGGCUCAGCAUUGCUUGCCUCCUUCCAGCUUCCUGGCACUUUAGUCUCUCUCCAGCCGGAUGUCCACGUGUUCUGAACACCACCCUCAGGCAACUUGUAAUGAUCAGUGCAGUGGUUGCCAUCUUGUUUUUACUGAUAUACUCUCUGCUUCUGGUUCGGACAAAGUUCAGCCGCACAAACAAAGACAAAAAACACACCAGGUAAUUAAAUCUUUGAGACGCUGAUAUGUCAGAUAAGGUCUUUUUGUCUGUGGAAAUGCCAGCAUAAAGUAAGAAUACCUGUUGUUUGUCUUAGGAGUGGUUUCUCAAAUAACUUUUUCAUGCAUAUUUUGUAAUUCGUUCCAUUUGCCCUUUACUUUUGAGGUAUCUAAUGAUGUAUGUUGCUUAUACACUACGCUAAGAACUGAGGUAACUUGACACGAGUGACAAAUUCUGGACAAAAAACAAACUAGUAUUGUAAGUUGGAGAUGUGCAACCCUGGUGCACAGUGGUUUAAGGCUGCAUGCCGUACCCCUGUGGAUCUACACAAAUAGUUAUUUUACAGCAGUGUGAUACUCUGAAGUCAAAAGCAGUAGGGGGACAUUAAUGAUAGACCAUAUGGGCUAGUAUAAAAACUAAUUAAGUUUGGCGUUAAAUGAACUUACUAAUAUGUCUUUCUGUUUUAAUUAAAGAUUAAUUGUUUUCUUUGCUGGUUUCAGCUUUUCAUGUAUUUUAUAUCCUAUGUCUCCCUACUAUUUUUUUUUUUUGUUUGUUCAUAUUUUGGCACUCUGCCUAAGAGUAUGAGAACAUUCUCAGAUAUUAGAUUUGCACUCAGAAAAAGUAACACAUUGGCUACAAUUGGCAUUAACAUGUAACUCUCUUUUAGAUUACAGAGUUAUGUAAUGUUAUAGGUGCAUUACUCCCUUUGCUUUGCGACUGUCCAUGAUUAGGGGUUACAAACUAUUGCUGUGUGUUAGUUGAUUAAUAUAAUUUUGCUCAUACCUUCAUUACUAUUAAAUGUUCACUGAGAAAAUUAAUGUGUUAGACUGGUAGCAGUUGAUAAAAGUGUCCUUUGAAGAUACAAAACACAUUUAGCUGACCUAGCAUGUGCCAUAUCUCCUCCCCAUCCCCCCAUUAUGCAUAGAUAGCACUUUGUUUAUUUUGCUGCCUUUAAUGCUUCUAUGCAUUUUUUACAAUUGGAUACUAAUUUGGAUACUUGGUAAGGAGAAGAUAUCUUUGUUUUAACUCCUUGGUAUAAUUUCUAAUUUCCUUCAUUGCUGAUUUUAUUUCUUUUCUUUUUAUGUGGGGGCUGCCCUAUUAUUUAAUGCUUGUUGAUCAUAUAUUCACAAAAAGCUCUUAUUGUUCCCAUAUUGCCCUUCAGAUUGUAGUGCGCAUGUUUUGAUAGCCUUUCCGGCCUUCAGUUUAAUAAAAUUCAUUUAAAUGGCUGCCUGGGUAUGUCUGUAAAUAGGUUGACUUCCCGGUGCAGCUUCCUCAAGUCUUAGGUGUUAUGUUAAAGGUAUCUUUCUGCUGCCCCUUCAAAAAUAUUUAAAGCAUAUAUGACAUAAGGAGCAGCAUCGACACAUUUAAAUGUUUACUGGGUUGCCCAAGAAUUAGUAGCCAGGGUAGAUGGAGGGUACAUAAUAAAAUCCUCCAGGUGGCUUUAGAAUAUGCUGGGAGGGUGCUGUCUGGAACAGCAUAAAGAAACAGGAAAAUUUGCAAAAACACAAGGGAAGCAUGGGAAACAAACCCUGCAGGAUCCAGGUGGAUAUUAUGUUAAUCUAUUUAAUAAAAUUACUUGCAAAUUAAUAUAUCUCUUUUGGUGUGUAUUUCUUUCACUAUAUGUCCGUUGGAUCUGCUGUUUGGGGGCUGAUUUUCCUACACCCAUUACAUUUCAUGUUUUUGUAUGUUGGCAAAAAAAAAACUAGCAUUUCGCUACUAUUAUUAUUGUGUUUAGAUUAGUAAGUCGCUAAUAUUAUUUUUGUGUUUGUGUUUAGAAAUGCUAAUGCAAAAUGUAAUAAAUAAAUUAAAAAAAUAUAUAUAUCUUUUUUUUCUUGCAGAUACCUAGCUCAUGUUACAGAUAUGGAAGCCACUGAUACAAGCAACCCUAACCUAAACUACGGUGUGGUUGUAGAUUGCGGUAGCAGUGGGUCACGGAUCUUUGUAUACUGCUGGCCACGCCACAAUGGCAAUCCACAUGAUCUGCUGGACAUCAAGCAAAUGAGAGACCAGAACAGAAAAACUGUGGUCAUGAAGAUAAAGCCAGGUAUGACGUUUACGGGAACAUAGGAAGUAAUAUAGAAGUUGUUGUUUUGAAUCCAAAUAUGAGUGUCAUCUUGUCAGUACUUCAAGUUUACUUCCUUGGCAGUCUGGAUGAUUGGCCACAUCACUUCUUAUACCUAAGGUGGAUUAAAAAAAAAAAAAGUAACUAUUUAUUUAUUUAUUGUCUAAUUUUGGGGGGGGGAUUUCUUUUAAUAAAAUGUUUUGUAGGAAAAAUCUAUCUGUUCUGGCAGUGUGAGGGAACCUUGCUAUAUUAGUCCCAGAAUGGCACUUUCAGUGUUCCCUGACUAGACUGGGUUAAAAAAAUAAAUAAAAAAAAUCAGGCUGCUCUAAACCACUAUUUAGGAAGCAACAUAAACCCAAUGCAGAGGGGAAUCCGUCUCUCAGAGCUGGGGCGGAGACAGAGACACUGAGAGGCAAAGAGACUGCUAAACCUGUAUAGCAAGAAAAGGUAUUUUGCAAGUGUUUUAUUUUUUGUUUAUUAAACUAUUGGGCUCUGCUUAGCUACCCAGUAGCAUAGAGAGAGUAUUCUAUGUUAGUCUCCAGAGUAAAGUAGGAUUUUAUUUUUUGUUUAAUGUUUUGUUGUGGUUAUAACCGUGGUUCCCAAACUUUUUAGGUUCAAGGCGCCCUUAAUGUUUAAAUAUUUUUCCAAGGUGCCCCAAGUUAAAAUAAUUUCUUAGGUUGUAACAAAUGUACUGCGUAGCAACAUAUACUGGGCCCCUGUUCGGCAGAAAUGCUUGCCGUUCAAGCGUAGAUCCAAAACCUAAUCUUGGGUGGGGCACUGGUAGAUUAUUUAAAGAAACAAUCCAGGCACAUUAACCACUACAGCACUUUGUAGUGGUUAUGGUGCCAAUGGUGCCGUAGUGCCCUUCCAGAGUAAGUUGUCAAACUGUUUAAGAAUAGUUUGUCAACUUACCUUGGAUCUGCCGGGAUAGGGGCAGUAGUGUGUCUGAGUGGUGCAAUAUAUAUGUGUGUGUGUGUGUGUGUGUGUUUGAGUGGUGCGGUGUGCGCGUAUGUGGGGUUCAGUGAGUGUACGGGGGUUUAUUGUGUUUGUGAUGGAUGAGGGGUGUAGUGUGUGCAUGUGAGGCAGUUUGUGCUUGAGUAGUACAGUGUGUGUACGGGGGCAGGUUGUAUGAGGUGUACUGUUUGUGUGGGGGGCAGUGUGUGUGUGUGUGUGUAUAGGGGGGAGUUAUACUUCUAUUAUUAUUUUUUUAUUUUUUUUUUAUUAAAAAACAAUUAUUAUUAUUUUAAUAUCCCCCCUCCCUGCUUACUUUUGCCUGGGAGGGGGGACAUUUCCUGCAGUCCCUAGUGGUCCUAGCGGUGAGAGUGAACUCUAGCAGCCUCAGGAGCUGCUAGAGUUCACUCUCGCGAAAUUCAGAGCCUUGCUGGGGCUAACAGAGGAGAACCCCACCGGUUGGAGCUCCCCCGGGUCCUCUCUCCCUCCCUCCCCUGCCGGCUGCAGCAAAGUUGGCAGGGGAGAGGGAGGCACAUUUCCUGGUGCUAUGAGUAUAGCACCAAAAAAAUAUCUUGUGGCUCCCCUUGCGCCGCGGCACACAGUUUGGGAACCACUUGGCUAUAGUAAGGCCAGCUUACUAAAAAAGCCGGUCGUGAGAAUAAAUAAAUUGGUUCGUCGUUCACAUACCCAAACAUCAGUCAAGACUUGACGGGUACAACUGGAAUGUUUUAUUCCGGCCAAAUAGCCCACUUAUAUACACAGGCACCCAGCAUGGGGUCUCAAGCAAAAGCAUAGUAAAACACUCCCACAACACGCCCUGGAGUCUCUGUGUCUGGGAGAUAAUUUUGUGUACUUUGCUUAAACUAAUUAUCUCCCAGGCACUAGAGUUACAAAGUGUAAAACAUAAAAUAUUAAAAAUACACAUAAUAUAUAUCUGAACCCCCACAAGCAUUAUAUCCCCGGAUAGCCUGGAUCUGAGCUCCCAAGUUGUCCAAAUAGCGCUCAGAUCCCACAAACACAGCUGAAUCACCACUGGGGUAACGUUUUGACUGACCGCACAUGCGGCGUCUGUCCAAAUUAGUUCCAGAGAAAUAGUGGUUGCGGUCAGUCAGUUUCGGGAGUUCAGAACCAGACAAAAUGUUGAACUGUUCCCAUGGCUCAUAGGUAGCGAUUGUUCGCCUAGUUCGUGCGAACAAUCCUACCGAACAGCGCUCUCCUGUCUUGUCGGGAAAAGAAGCAGGCGUUCGUGUAAAAUCACCGGGGUUCGCGAAGACUUUUACAUUUGAUACAUGAUCCUUUUUUUUUUUUUUUUUCUAGAUCAGGUAUGGUUAUACAUUAUAGUACAUGUUGUUGGUUUUUUGCAUUGUUAUUUUGCAUUUGUCAUUUGAAAUAAUGCAUUUUAAUCUGCUACAAAAUGAAAAUUACAAAUACAAAAUACUACAGUACUGCAUUACAGUACUUUUGUAAAAAUAUGAGCACUGAAUUCUGUUAUGCAGCCUCUUGCCUCAUAACACUGGUAGCAGUUAAUUUAUUGGAAUUCAAUUGCUUAAAAAGAUGGAUCCAAGGAUACUUUGAAGCCUGCCAUUAAUAGGUUGUGAUCACAUUCUCUAGACUUGCAUAGUUCAUAGUGUUUUUCUUAUUUCCAAACACUGCCACCCAGUGUUUUGUAGAUAAAACAUACACUUGUUUUAAUCUCUUAACAGUCAUCCAGAAACAUUGUGAAUGCCUAGGUAACACCGAUAACAAAGUAAUUUAAAAUAUGUGAUCAUCUUGGUAGGUCAUACUAUUGCCAUACUGUGCCAUUUGAGUCCGUACUCUACUUAUAAAGUGGCAAAAGAUGAAUUAUAUAAUGCGACUUGCUACAACACAUACAUGCAUAAGCAUUGACUAGUAAACAAAACAAACACUAGUGAAGUAUAUCCACCAUAUUAUUCCUAAACUAAUAAUAAUAAAAUAUAAUCUGUAAAAUAUUUUAUUUCUGAACUUAUUGGGCAUUUAACAUUGAUCCCAAUUAUUGAUUUUGUACAAUUACUGAAUGCUAGUGUGAGAGAUCAGACAUAUGUAGUUGCUAAGUGAUUCCACCUCCCCCCAUAGGAACCUAGUGAAGAUCAGGAUUCGCACACGUACAAUAUAUAACAGUACAUUAUUUACUACUUCCUGGUUGAAACUGGCAUCACACGAGGAUAACACCCCAAUGAAUUGUUUACAGUCCAUUUCAGUGUAGGCUGUUUCAAAACAAUUGUGAAAGAAUAUUGUUUAGGGGGCCUGAUAGCCUACUAAUGUGGUCGCAUGGGGCUGAAGCUCCUGCAGGAAAUGUAUUUUUAGCACCUUAAACUGGGCCUUACUACUUCACAGAAAUUGGGCUUAUAUUGAUAAGAUGCACUCUGCUUCCAAUUUGAGACUCUCUUGUCUGCAGCUGAUGGACACAGACCUUGUAAGACUUCACUGCGGCCUACUGCUGGAAUAGAAAACUACCUACGAAAACUCCAGCUAUUCAGUAAAUUGAAGGGCUGAAGCCUGGCAAUCAAGAUGGCUGCUCAGCCGGAGCCUGCUGUUACAGAUAGCCACCUGCAGUUGCCUACUCACGUUUACAAGUUCAUCCUGGUAUUCAAUGCUGUUUGUGAGCUAUUUUUGGGCAAAGCUCCAGGGUCAGAGACCUAACUCUGCCCCUGCAUCUCGGGCUGCGACUACCCAGAGCCAUCCUGUGUGCUGAAGCUGCAGGCCUCAACAUUCCCCAUAUCUCCCCAAGGGGACCUGUAGGAAGAGAAGAUGUGUGAAGCCAUCGCGGCGGUCAACCAUCACCCCCCGUAACUCACAUCGCCUGUUGUAUAGUGAACCUCUACGUCUCCAGCACAACCUGUCUGUUUUGGAGGCAUAUACAUCAAACCACGUGAUCAGAGAAGCAGAGGUGCCGUAACAUCGAUCCCCAGUUAUCAUAUUGGGAAACAUACCACUGGACUUGCUAGCGGUUAAGAGUGGAAAGGGACUGCCUCCUGGGAAUAGCUGACAAAGGUGACAGAUGGGAUUAAUCGUCUCUUGGCAUCGGAGGAAUAGUCUGCAAGCCUUUCCAAUAGUCUAGCAGUUCUCUCACUAUUUUCAAUAGGCACCAUGCUAGCUGCACCCUUGAUCGUAUAAGUUGCUUUCUUAUGCUUUGACUAGAUGGCUACAAAAAUGUAGAAGGAGGUAUAUCCUCCUUGAUAUCUCCCAUAGCUCUAUUCUCUUACUCUCUCCUAGUUCAGUCUUGCAGAAUAGUGCUCCUACUGCCUUUCUACAGUUAUAACAAAAAGUGCAUUCUUCCCAGACAUCCCAUGGUGCAUUCACGGUACUUUAUAUUGGUAUUACUGUUUUGUUGCAAUAUCUAAGAGUUUAUGUACCAAACUAUGCACACAUUUAUAUAAAACUUAAAAUGCUUUUAACAAGUUUACAGUUACUUUGGGUGUUUUAAUUAGCAAGGCACAGUUAAUGAUAUUUUUGUAAGGACAUUAAAAACAAAUAAGGAACAUUAGAUUGACACUAUUAACAGGAGACCUGAGUGUGCAUGUGUGAAAUUUAAGCGAUUCUGAUGGAAAAGGGCCUGAACCUGGCAGGUAUUCGUAUGUGCAUACAGGUUGAAAGUGAUUCAUGAGGACAGGUCCUUGCCUGGCUGGUUCCUCGAAAUUCCAAAACUAGUGAUAACUGACAUUAUCCAUUACCUGCCUGUAGGCUUGUAAUUAAGUAAGUGUUGACAUUGUCUGAUUUCCAAUGAACCCCUUUGUUUCUGUGUAUGCUUCUAGGGUGUGUCAGAUAAUGUGUUUUUCUGUCGGGGGGGAAAAUGCUGUAAUAGUAAAUGAAAAUUAUUGUAUGUCUUAAGAACAAAUGUAUGUGCAUUUGUAAUACUGUUUUGAAAUGUAUGUGACAUAUCUGAUAGGGUCCUGUUUUUUUCUGCAUGAAUGUUAGAAAACAAAAACAUGUUCCCUAUAUUUUUAUCUUUUUUAUAAAGUGUUACAUGGAUCCACUUUAACAUACACGUUUUGCUAAUGUUUGCUAACAAAACAUAGAAUUUAAUUUAUCCCCCCCCCACCCACCCAUUUUUACUUGUUUGCAGUAAAACAAAUCUUGUGAUCAAUACGUAUUCUCACACAAACUACAGGUGCAAAUGGUUCUUGUUAGAUUGUACCCAAAUCAUUUUUGAGUGGUACAGAUCACAGUAGAAUAGGAUUGGUUCACUUAAUGCUGCACUUGACUGCAGAGUAUGUUGGGACUUCAUAAAUAUAAUAAUCUCAUGAGAAAAUAUGCGCCACACACAAAACCAACUGUUCCAGAUUUGUGGUUAGGUUGUAAUAAAAGGCUUAAAGGGACACUAUAGUCACCCAAACCACUUAAUCUCAAUGAAGUGGUCUGGGUGCUGUGUCCCUGUCUUCUUAACCCUGUAAUGUAAACAUUGCAGCUUUUGAGAAACUGUAAUGUUUACAUUGCAGGUUUAAGCCGCCCCCCUCACCCUCCUCUAGUGGCUGUCAAUACAAGUAAAAUACAGUCACGUGAUGCGUAAGCUCUAUAGGAAAGCAUUGAAUCAAUGAUUUCCUAUGGGAAAGUUUGAACUAGUAAGCAGCGCUCACGUGUAAGGGGUUAACUUAUGUAGUAUAUUUACUGAUUAAUGCAAUACUGUAAUAUCUACUUCAGCCGUUUUUGAAUAUCUCCAUGGCAGGACGUCCAUCAUAAGUGCCGUGGACAAGUGAACUAUAUAAGAAAAGAAUCUUUGAUGGACUUGUUUCAACUGGUUUCUCUCCUUUACCAGGUAUUUCUGAACUUGCCAACACUCCAGAGAAAGCAAGUGACUACAUCUCACCUUUACUAAACUUUGCUGCUGGUCACAUUCCCAGAGAAAAGCACAAAGAAACCCCCUUGUAUAUACUUUGCACUGCGGGUCUUCGAAUCUUGACUGAGAGGUGAGAGUGACUAAUGCCUCCUCAACUCUGACAUUUAGGCUGUGUGCAUGUUAUGCACUGUUAAAACAUUAUACACCGUAUGAACCUGUUUACUGCUAAAGGCCCUUGCAAUAGACUAAUGUUGAUUUAAUUUUGAAUCAAUGGUAUAUUAUGUUAUGUUUCCCAUAGUACUCAAUUUCCCAGUGAAUAUAUUGGAAUCUUUUAGAACAAAAGAUUUAAACCUUUAAAUGCCAAAAGGAUGACCGAUUGGGAAAAAAUGCUUUCCCCCACCACCUUUGGCAUUCAAGGAAUUAAAGAAACUCUUUGUAUCUGGCUUUAUGACAGUCAGCACUAACUGUAGUUCUUGGUUUCAGCCAGCAGGAGGCCAUCCUUGAAGAUCUACGUACAGAUAUCCCAGUUCAUUAUGACUUUCUCUUCUCUGACUCCCACGCAGAGGUCAUCUCGGGGAAACAGGAAGGUACUGAGGCAGCACAGUCUGCAGCACACACAACAGAUCCCUGUCUUAGUACAGUACUUCCAUUUUGCAUUUAAUCUACCCUUUCAUAUAGAUAUAACUUGUUCUUGUAUAGAGUGUUCAUAGCAGAUGGUGAAUAGCUUAUAGUCAGAAAAUGAAUUUGACAUCAGUAAUGGCAACAUGCAUAAAAAUCAUUCUUACACCAUUCUCAUUGCAUGUUGUUUUGUCUACAUUGUGAAGAUACUUAAACUCUGUGUUAAAUUAUUUUUAGGUGUGUAUGCCUGGAUUGGGAUCAAUUUUGUCCUGGGGCGCUUUGAUCAUAUUGACGAUGGUGAGGAAGAUAUCACAAUUACUCAUUAUGUUCUUGGCAUUGUGUGUGAAGGGAUUAAUUAUGGAGAAAAGCUUUCAUUUUCACUACUGAUUUAAGGCACAUUGCUAAAAUGGGCUUAUUCAAAAUGACAACUGAAUUGAUACCCGACUUACAAAAUUUAGUCCAAAGUAGUCCAUUUGCAGAAGCAAAAUCUUCACUUCAUAAAGUUGGUGGUGUGUUUUGUGGUUUUUUUUCUACUCAUUUUAGUUUUUGUCAUCAGUGUAACUACUUUUUACUGGAAACACCAAAGAUCUGUUACCCCUGGUUGUAUUUUUCCCUCUUUCAGUUUUCUAGGAUUUUAAUUUGUGUAUUAACUGUUUUCAACACUUGCUGAGGCCCUCCCGAAUUCCCUUCUGUUACUUCUUUCUGUCUGGAGUGUUCUAUAUAUGUGUCUGUCUAUCUCAUGCUGUCUGCUCUUACAGAGGACGAUGCUGUGGUGGAGGUGAAUGUCCCCGGUAGUGAUGACAAAGAGGCCAUCUUGCGUAAGCGCACCGCUGGCAUCCUGGACAUGGGUGGAGUAUCAACCCAAAUUGCAUAUGAAGUUCCUAAAAGUGUAAGCUUUGCCUCCUCCCAGCAGGUCAUUAUCAGGACAAUUUUAUUUAUUUUUCUUUUUUAUUAGCUCUUUUGUAUGCUUUCAUUUAUAUUUGUGCUUGUUUCAUUUCAAGCUAAAUUGUUCUUUUAUUUAUUCUUUUAAUCAAAUCACAGUAAAACCCAUUCAGCUGCUUCAACAUAUGUAUUUAGAUAAGGGACUUGGCAGUAUAUUUACAGUUCUGGAACAGUAAUGCAUUAAAUAAAUCAUAAUCCAAAGCUGGGGGCUUCAGACUCCUGGGUAAUGUGAGGGGGAAAAGGAGAUCAUAAAAUCUGAUUUAAGAUGCCCUGAAAUGUAUAAGCCUGCUGGUCCAGAGAUCUCUGGGGCAAAGUAGAAGAGUCAAACUCCAGUUGUGGACACCUACCCAAAGCUGGUGAGGUUUCUUACAAACGGAAGCAAAGUGUGUGAGUUGGUAGAGCUGCACACCAUUACUUCUCCCCAGAGAUUAGUAGGCUGUAACACAGAACUUCCAGGGCAAACCCAGCAAGUUAACAGAAGUUAUAGAGUUUGAAUAGGAAAACAGCAAGUGAAUACUUAUUCAUGUGCUAUAAAUGCCUAUUUUAAAUGUACAAAACCCUCUGAUUAUGUGAUCUCUCUGAAUUAUUGGCCUAUGCAAAUUGGAAGAUUUCUUAUGGAGUGUUAAUGCUAAUUCGGGAAACUACGACCUUUUGCAUUGACUGAAUGAAACUAUUUUAAAAUACUAUUAUUUGCGUUUUGGUUUCACAUUACAUCCCUUUCUUUCCUCUGGUCAUAUACUAUCACUAGCAGAUUCUAGUUACAAAAUGCUGGUUACUUAUGUUCAGUACAUGGAAAAUGUGUUGUGUUUUUUUAUUUUUUUUUGUUUUUUUACAUCUUACAGGUAAACCAUUCCAUAGCAGGUAGUAAUACAAUAUUUGGUUAACAAUUUAAAGGGAGUUUUACCAAAGUAUUUGUAAUAGAAGAGUGGACAAGAUUGUGAAAAAUUAAGCUAUUACCAUUGUAAACCAUUGCUUCACUUUUAGGCCUUUGCACCACUUUUAAGAUUCACUUCUGCUCAUUGUGUUGAGUUGUUUAACCAAAGCAAUGAAGAUGAGUAUCAUUCUCUAAUGCAGUUCUGCUGAAUAGUGAUGGUUCUCUGAUGGAUACAUAUCUUUCUCAAAGGCACGUUCUAGAUCAACUCUGAGAGUUAUUUCAGUGUUAAGUCAAUGAUUCUGUUGUUGGUCAUCAGUAAACCACUGAUUUGUCAGGAUAUCUUUUGUUUAACCUUGACUCAAAUGUCCAUUUUAAGAAAUUAUACCAAUAUCCAUAAAUAAAACAUAAACCAGGUAAAAAGAGUGAACCCUGUGUAGAGUAAGGAGAAAUUAACUCAAGGCUGAGAGACACAAAUAAUCUGCCCUUUUAUUCUGAAUCUUAAAUCCUGAGCGUUUUGUGGUAUGCUUAUGUUUAGGUUGGAUGACUAUAGCCCUUCAUAAUUAUUGAAGCCCAUAAAAAUACUUUAUUUAUAAUGCAGCACUGCUGCUUGUAUUUUAUAAGCAUCCCUAGGAAAAAAAAUGUAAUCUAAUUGCUCAACUCAGGACUUUACAAAACCAUUAUAGGAUGCACAAAUCUGACUGCACAGGAUCCGAAUGAAUAAUUUACAAUUGUUAGCAGUGAAGCUCUUUCCUUUAAUUACCCUAGGACUUUGUAGUGUUUCCCUAGGCUUGUGUAUGUGUAAAUGAAACUAAAUAAAUUAAUAUAAUGUAACCUAGUACAACACCAACUUUGAUGUAAAUAAAAAGUGAGGAAACCCACUCACAUAUAUUGAAGCUCAGUAUGAUGGCUUGGAUAUUUAUUGCGUCUUUGCCUUUAUGGAACACAAACAUGUAUUCCUGACACUAUAGUUAUAAUUCACUAUUUAGGUCAGAGAUUUAAAAAUCCCAGGUCACCAUGCGAGGUUGUUGUAAACUUCAAGCUCUUUUUGCUAUGCUCCCUCGCGCACCCUGUUGUGAUGCCAGGAGCCAGGAUAUGAUGUCACUCUAGCCCCUGCAUCACUAAACAGUGCAUGAGGAAGCAGAGUGAGAAGCGCUUGAAAAUGGAGGCUGAGUGGACUUAAAUUGAAAAUAUACAAAAAUUUGUGUCUCUCUCUUUGUCAGUGAGUGUGUUUGUUUAGGUGAUCUGCCCCCUCCGAUCGCAUGGGGAAAGUGUUUUUACUCCCCUAUUUUCCCUACCUGUAAUGGUCUUGCUGCAGCUGUCCCCGCCUGCAUCUCUGAGAUAAUCAAUCUUGAUCAUCUCAGCCAAUGCUAUAGGAAAGCAUUGGGGAGGCUAUUGUAUGCACUACUUAGCAUUUCCUCAAAGAGAUACAUUGAAUCAAUGCAUCUCCAUGGGGAACAUACACCACCUCCAUGCAGAGCGUGGAGACACUGAACAUAGGUGCAGCACUAGACUAGGAAUCCCCUCUAGGUGUCACUAGAGGGGUUACUAGGCAGUAAUGUAAACUCUGAAAAGGCAGUGUGUAUAUUGAAAAGCCUGCAGGGACAGGCUAUAGACAACAGAACCACUUAACAACGCUGUGGUGGUUCUGGUGACUUUAGUGUCUCUUUAAGAAUUAUAUUUUUGUUGUUGCUUUGUUAGUUUCAAAAAAAUAAUAACAACAACCUGGCUCCUAACUUUGUUUAAUUUAUUUAUUUUUUUUAAAAUGUGGCUCCUAGAUUUCAAGCAAAUUUGGUAAGCCGUGAUUUAGGUUUCCACCCCUUCUACACCUUGCCCCCUGUUUAAAAAAAAAAAAAAAAAAGUGUUUCUCCUUCCCUUAGUUCCACAAAAUGCCAUGCUGCACCAAUCUGCACCUCCUCAUACUGAUGCACUGAAUCAAUGCAUGUCUAUGGGGAGCAUACAGUGCGUGUAGACACUGAAAGUCCGUGUGCAGCACUGACCCUGGAAGCUCCUCUAGUGGCCGUCUGAGGAGUGUCCAUCAGAGGUAUUCCUAGUCUGUAAUAUAAACAUUAAGAUGUAGUAUGGUGACUAUGACCGCACUCCAGGGACUUCUCCAUUCCAAAAUGUAGAAAGUUAGCUUUUAUUUACAUCCCAACUAAACUUUCAUCAGGAUUAUAAUCCUGAUCUACCGUCCGAAAGGGUAACACACUAGAUCCUAUUUGUAUCUCUCUGUGUUCCUUUGAAGCAGUAAGUCCCAGAGUUUUUUUUUUUUGUUUGUUUUUUUUUAGGUGAUGAGCCAACUUAAAGGCACAAGAAUCAAUAAGGAUUCGAGCCAUCAUAUUGGGUUCCAAUAUAAGUCAGUGGAUUGGCUCAUGUUUUAUAAACAUGAAGGGUGUUGUACUGUUUUAUACUAUAUUUUAUUCCAUUUAUAUAUACAUUUACAAAAACCUAUUGAAACCCAAAAUAGUUAGGGUAAGUUAAUGAAAGCGCUCCACAACUAUACACUCUCUAACUUGUUUUAAUUGGGUGUGGUGUCUAUAGGUGGAAAAUCUACACGAGUGUUAAAUCUGCUGGUUCACCAAUGAAUUAAUUAGCACUAUAUACAUAACUAUAGUAUGAUUUUUGUUCUACAAUUAGUAGCAGAUUUUUGGAAAUUUUUUCUAAAUUGUGCUUGAACAUAAAAGGUUAAACAUAUACUUUCUGGAAAGUUAGAAAACCAGAUUGUAGCAUAUUAUAGAGAAACAAAGGGCCAUACUGUACAAUCAGAGAAUGCGAUCUCAGAAAGUAUGAGCUUCUAGCAGAAGUAGUAAUAUAAUGCAAUAAUUGGUAGCAAUAGCUUUUAAUUACAAAGGAAUCCGACAGGAACAAAUGUUUUUACAGCAACUGGUACUAUUGCAGAAAGUUUCUCAUAUAUCAAUGUUUUUAAUAAAUGUGGCUCUCUGUGCUUUUUAAUCAAACCCAACCAUGUGCUCCUUUCUCAUUUUUUUAGCUGUUUAAAAGUUUGUUCCUUUUGUGUGCCUCCUGAAAUUGAGAGUAUUUUUUAUUGGAUCCCUUCCUUUCCUCCAGCUAAAGGGAAAACAAGCUUGCUGUUUAAUGUUUUAGUUUAGGUAGGAUUAACCUUUUUAAAAAGGCAAUGCAGUGAGCAAUCUUUAAAGGGAAACUUUCACUGCCAGGUUGUCAGCAUCUGUAUAUUUAGAGCCUCUCUCAUAAUGAGACCAGAUGUUCCCAAUGGCUUUAUUUUCCUGAUUAAGCCUUCAAUGUGCUUUACAGCCAGCCACAUAUUAUAUUACUACUUGUCCCAUAAGAUGUUUCCAGAACCUCAAAUGUAGCCUAAUCUUUUUCAAAAGAAAAUAGUUACUUUGUAGUUUGCAAAGCAUAGUGGGAAAUGUAAUCCUAUAACUUCUAGAGUGCUAAUUAUUGGAUACAUCGUAUCUAGGCUAAAUCAUAGAAUAUAACUGCAUUCAGCCUUUACUUGUUAUUCACAAUUCAUGAUGGCUAUAAUGAACAGAACAAAAACACAUGAAGCCUUUUGCAUCAUAUUUGCUGCUAGGAUGGACUAUUUCCUUAAAGAGCACUGCUUCACCUCUUAAACCACAGAGCUUCACUAAUCUCCCUGCCGGUCAAAAUCUUAAGAGACUUUUUUCGGUUUUCUGUGUUUGUGCUAAACAUAGGAAAUGAACUGUAGUGCACCAGACGGGACUCAUAUUUACGAUGACUUUGUCUUUUAGUCCCUGCUCAACAGCUGUCCCACCUUCUUAUCUAUUUGCAGGAAGAGAUGGCUAAGAACUUGUUGGCAGAGUUCAAUCUUGGCUGUGAUGCCCACGAAACACAACAUGUGUAUAGAGUGUAUGUUGCUACCUUCCUAGGUUUUGGAGGUAAUGCUGCUCGUCAGAGGUAUGAAGCCUUUCUCUUCUCCAGCACCAUGGAAAAGAACAGGUCAGUAUGGUGUAUGAUCUCUCAGUAAAAGCAAUUGAUGACUUAUGUUUGGUGUGGCAGGUCACACAUUUGAAUCCAAAUCAAAAGAAUUUAUACAACUUGUCAGAAUAGCAUGGUAGAAAUAUCUCCACUGUUAACUGUGCUUAUUAAACUAAAUUGACUAUUUACUGCUAAAUCAGCAGCUGCGGAGUAUGCAUAUGUGAUUUACAUGAGCCUUCAUGCAUGCAUAUACACUUAUUUCACACUUGUAAUUAAAAUUUAGAUUUAUUAGCCCAAAAUGUAUUGCAAGAUACAUCCAGUUACUCUGCACACACAUUCUUGUAUGUAUUCAUAAAUAUUACAUCAGAGCAUCCAAUUUAACUCUCUGUUCUUCUGUUUGUAUACAACACUCAUUCUUUGAGAGAAAAUGUAUACAUACUUGCAUUCACAAUCCUCUAUAUUUCCUCAGGCUACUGGGUAAGCAGCUUGGUAUGUCCCCAGAUGCUCCAUACCUUGACCCCUGUCUUCCUCUGGACAUCUCUGAUAAAAUCCAGCAGGGAGCACACACCUUAUAUGUGCGUGGCACAGGUGACUUCCAGCUGUGCCGUCGGGUCAUACAGCCCCUUAUGAACUUGUCCAAUGAGACUCAGACUACCUUGAAUGGAAUCUACCAGCCACCACUUCCCUACCACAAUAGCCAGUUUUAUGGUUUCUCUGAGUUUUACUACUGUACAGAAGAUGUUCUGCGCAUGGGUGGAGACUUCAAAGCUGAACGCUUUCUACAGGCUGCACAGGUAUGCACUGAUAUGUUUAGAAUGUGUCCAAUGUAUUAUAUAGAAUGUUACUAAGCGAAGGGAUGUCCAAUAACCAGCAACUGAGAGAAUUUAGUUUGUACAUUAUGUGUUUCGACAUUUGUCUCUCUUAUAUUCAAUAUGUUUUCAGGAUUACUGCGCUACCAAGUGGUUAGUGCUGAAGGAGAGAUUUGACCGUGGAUUAUAUGCAUCACAUGCUGACCUGCACAGACUCAAGUGAGUGUAUGGAAUGUAAAAACCUUUAAAGGCACUAAAAGGGCAUAUUUUAAUAAGAUGCAUGAAUCAGAACUAAUUGGAUCUUUUUCCUCAGAGACACCUAAUGUAGUAUUUAUUCAUCCCCUUGGAAAAUUAUCAUCCUAACUAGUCUAAUGCAAAGUUCACUGUGCUACUCGGCCAUAAGAGUAACAUUUGGAGUACUUGUAAAUGUUUACAUGCAUUCAGUGAACACAUUCUCUUCUAACAGCUGGGACAUUCACCUCUGGCAGCUCGUUCCUAAGUGAAACAGUCAGCAAUCUAAACCCCAUGGCGGAAAAUCAUGGGAUGCUGGCACUGGGGAGCGGGUCUAAUAAAACAUGAUCUAAAAACGAGAAAACUACAUUGUUUUGACCGUUUGUGUGUAGGGGACAGUGGUGUUUUUAACGGGUUCACCUAAUAAAUACAUGUUGUAUCUCUUUAAAUGCACAGCAACAAAAGCCAGGUAUAAUGCAACGUACUUCAUAGUUUUAGAGGUGGGUGCAAACUGUGGCAGACACAUUCAUCACACAGACGUUGACAGGACUGUUUAUUGAGAAAACAUACUUUAAGGGAAAUCUAUAGCCUUGAAUGUGGUUCCUUUAUUAGCUUUUGCAUACCUUGUGAGAAACGGUUAGAAAUGGCCUGGGCCACCAAUCAACAAUCUUGGAAGAGUUUUCAUUUAGCACAUUUUUAAAGUAGUUUGAAAUCUAUUGUGUUCUUUUAAGAAAAGCAAAUGUUUGUUAGUUUAAUAUUCAGACAUUUCUACACUAAUGCAGAAAAUCCUGUAUUAAAAGAAAUGUGCUGAUUUGUAGCCCUUCUUUUUAGUAUAGGCCUACUUCUCCCAUCAUGUUUAGAACAUUCUUCCUCUUUGCCUCUAUCUUAGAUACCAGUGCUUCAAGUCUGCAUGGAUGUACGAAGUUUUCCACACAGGCUUCUCCUUUCCUGCCAAUUACAGUAAUCUGAAGACUGUGCUGCAAGUGUAUGAUAAGGAAGUUCAAUGGACGCUGGGAGCCAUUCUGUAUCGGACUAGAUUCCUGCCUCUAAGGUACGAAAGAAGAUUUACUAUGGUAAAACUCAUCAACUGUCCAGAGAUAAUGGGUAGAUCCGUGCUUCUAAUAUAAUAUAUAUUGAACAUUUGUGGAGGAGCAGUUUAGCAAAUAACUUAGUAAUAACUUAGGAAUUUAGUAUUUGGGAAUUCAGUAUUUAGGCCAAAUAGCCAAACUGGAAAACUCUAGUGAGCUAUCUAUUCAAUUUGGCUAUUUAUCAAAAAAAAUUUAAAUUAUUUCAAACUUCUGAAUAUUCACACUUUAAUGAAUGAUUCUGUCACUCGUUCAUUAGCCAAUGUCAAGUCCAAAAAACAUGAGAAAACUGAUAUGUACUGUAAAAUGUCCUGCCAACACAUUGCUCGAGUGAAACUUUAUGUACAGCGUGUGAGUAUUAAUAUGACAGCCAUAAGCAAAAUGGAGAAUACAGCUGCAAAUCUACAAACGAAAAGAAACAAAAUAGUCUAACACUGUAUGACCUCAAAAAAAGGCGCAAAUAAGGUAGCACUCACAGGAUGAGGUAUGGUGAGUUCUACCUUAUUUGCGCCUUCAUUUUAUGUCAUACAGUGUUAAACUAUUUUGUGUCUUUUCGUUUGUAGAUUUGCAGCUCUAUGCUCCAUUUUGUUUAUGGCUCUCAUACCAUUUUGUAAAGAAUAUUAUCUGGGAUAUUCCUGGAGAAGGCUGUCACCACUAUCCAUAGAGAUAAGUGCAAUUUUCCAUCACACUAUUUGAUUUAUAUACAGUGCGGAUGUGUUUUUGUGAUUAUAGUACUCGAACAUGUUCAGUAUAGUAUUGUGGGCAUACAAAUCAAAGAAAUGAUGACAAAUGAAGGUAAAAGUAAUGUUACACACCACAAUAGUUGGAGAACUACCGGUUAAUUACCAGGCGUUAAACUAGACUUCAUAUCUCAUAAAGGAAAGAAAAAUCCAUCUCAGAUGUGUAAUUGUUAACAUUUUAUUAAAGAAGUAAAGUAAAUUUGUGUUUCAAAAUACGUACAAUGGGUGAAAAUGUAUAUUCUAUUUUUUUGGUCUCCAGUCUUUAUGGUCAAUUAGGGUUAGUCACUAAUCUCAAAAUUGAAGCAAAUUCAAAUUUGAAUGUCAAUAUCAAGGCAAAUAUGCUCAUGCUGAGACUAUAGCAGAGUAUCAAAAUCAGUUUGUUUACUUCAAUUUUGCCAGUCAGAAUGAACUUCCUUGCAAUUUGGAGUUGAGAUGUUAAGCUAAUACUAUAGGAGUUUUUUUGUUAAAUAGUCCUUUUAUUAACUUGGUAUAAUGGGAUGUCUCUGUUAACUUGUUUUUUUUUUCCCCCUAACUGCUGGCCUCUAAUUUUUUUUUUUUCUCCCCUCAGGGACAUUCAACAAGAUCACUUCCGUGGCAACCAUCCACACUGGCGUGGUGCUUCCUUUGUUUACAACCACUACCUGUUCUUAGUUUGCUUUAUGGUGGUCCUACUUGCCAUUGUGCUAUACCUACUGAGGCUUAGACGCAUCCAUAGUCGCAUGCAGCGCAAUACCUCCUCCUCCGCUCUGUGGGUGGAGCAAGGAAUGCAGCCCUCUGGGCUUCCAGGACCUCUGUGAGGUGCUGCCAGCAAGACACCGCAUGGCUUUCCUUGUCUGCAGGUCGGAAAGGUUUUAUUCACUCCCUACCCCAAUGUCUUGCAGCUUCUUUUUAGAGUGAACCAAGGACUAGGAUAAAUUCUCUGGCAGUGUGGGAGUAAAAAUUGGCUCUUGCAGCAGCCAUACUUGACAAGUGGGGAGACAAAGCCAUGUUUUUUUACCUCAGGGUUCCCUGUUCUCUCCCUCAGUUUCUCCCAACAGCUCACAUGGAGGAGAAAGGACUUUUCACCUCAUCAUUUGUCAACCAUAUGAAGGAGACAACAGACUCGUAUGCACAGGAAAUUUGUUGCAUAAAUUUUGUAAUUAUACAAGUCUAAGUGUAUUGUGACUGUGUGUCGUUACAAUGCCCUACUGAUGCCACAAGAUAUCUUCUCCGAAUGUAGCCAGAGAGAGUAUUUAAAAUUAUAGAGAAUACUGCCUUAAGGAUGAUUUUACUGUACAACGAAGUGUGUCUUCUAAUCUCUCUCCCUUCUUUGACUUACCUUUCUCUCUCUAUGAAAGUCAUCUAGCUUUAUUUUCUUUGCUUUCUAUGCUAAUUUAUGUACUGUCCAUCUCUGGCACAGUGUUACUCACUUGUCUUACCUUACCCAUUCCUUGCCCGAUGAAGUUUGACACUUUGGAAUGUGCAGGAGAUAAACUAUGAAGCAUCUUAAGAAACUGGCUUUAAUUGGAGGCACUGACUAGUCCUGUAUAAUCAAUGGAAAUUCUGAUAGAGAGAUCAUUAAAUACCUAAAAUCGACGUCAAUAUGUUUCAAUUGACUGAACAUUCAUUCAUUAAUGGCAUGCUUCUUUCUUAUGCCCCUUUGGCCAUUGUUAUUUUGGAUGUUGGACUUAAAUCAUUCUUUCUCUUUAACUCUUUUUACAGCCCAUGCCCCUUUGGCACCUAGAUGGUGGGAUUCCAUGGUCCAAGCAUGUGUUGUACUGCAGUUGUCUGAGUAGUUAAACCUUUGAAGAUUUUAUUAGUGUUUCCAAUAAUGCAGACUUCUUAAAAUAUCACCCUUUCCACAUUUAUAUUUAUAAGUCUCUACCACUUUGCAUUUAAGAGUUAAUCCAGCACCACUUUUCCAAAACACUUGUUCAUCUGGAGUUAACUGCACCUCUGUGCAUGUCUAAGUACCAGCAGAUGCACUUGGCUGCUCCCUUUGGCACGUGUUUUGUUAACAAUUUGACGCAGUACUUUCUGAUCACUUUGCUUCUUUUGUGUUAAAGUCACUGGGUUUCAUAAAAAACAAACAAAAUUCAGGUUUUUACUGGACUUGUGCACAAAUUCUUUUCAGGUGGUACGAACAAAUCAAAUUCCUUUUAGAUCUCACCUGAACGAAUCGAUUCACCCUGGAUUUACCAAUGGAUUCUUACUCAUUGAAUGAGACUCCAUGGGUAAAUCCUGAAUAUAUCGAUUCUUUUGGGCCUAGAUUAAAAGGAAUCUGAUGCACAAGUCUAGUUUUCAUGACAAAUCAAAUUAAUUGACAAAAUAUAGACAUGUUGUUGCUGGGGAGAACUUUACAUGCACUGAUAACACUUUAAAGCAUUCAAAACACGUUGAUCUGCCUGCUAAGAAUAAGGCCUUAUGGUUUGUGCAUAUAAGGCACGUUCAGAUGUAAUUCCCAGAAAACUGCUAUAUAAAUUUAAUGAUGGGUACAGUGGUAUGAAGAGGUCCAGGAUUGAAAUCUUAUAGGUUACUAUAUGGAAUUGAUUUAUCAAUUUAAAAAGGCAAAUCCAUUGAAAAAAUUUGAGUUUUUAAUGCAAAAUGGGUUAAAGCAGAAGUUGCUGAUUUCUUUUUUUUCCUAUCUUUGAUGUUUUCAAUUCACUAGUUGAAUAUACUACAUCCUAAAUCAGGCAUAGGCAACCUUCGGCACUCCAGAUGUUUUGGACUACACUUUCCAUGAUGCUUUGCAGCCUUAUGGGUGUAAGAGCAUUAUGGGGGAUGUAGUCCAUAACAUCUGGAGUGCUGAAGGUUGCCUACCCCUGUCCUAAAUAUAUAUCAUGGUCCGAUCACUUGCAGUUUUGGAGGAAAAUGUUAUCUUAAAAUUAUAUAUAUAUAUAUAUAUAUAUAUAUAUAUAUAUAUAUAUAUAUAUAUAUAUAUAUAUAUAUAUAUAUAUAUAUAUAUAUAUAUAUAUAUUCCAUCUGUAGAAAUAGCUGGAGGCUGCAACGUUAAUAUAAUGGAAUGCCUUAAGAAAAUGCACUGCUUAGUUAUAGUUAAUAUAAAAAAACAUACUCCUAAACCGUGUCUUAUUUUCAGGUAAUAACUAUGUUCAGAAACUGCUUCAGAUGAAGGCUGACGUAAGUUGGAAAGAGGAAUUCCAGCUGUGAAAUGAGAAAAUGUUGAAGUAAUGCCAGUACUUGCAGUGCUUCUUUUUUGGCUAGGUCUCCUAGCCAUUGCCAAUUGUUAACCAUUUGACAGCCUGGACAGUGACUAGAGCAUUGCUUCAGAGUGUACUGAUGUCUCCUAGGGGACUAAGAAACAAUUACCCUGCCCUGGUAAUACAUUCCUUCCUGCGGACUAAGUCCUUGUCCUUUUACUUAGUCUGUUCAGUACCCUGUUCAUUGCCCUGUGUUUACACUCACUUAUCUUUCUGCUUGCUUCCUUUCAAGUUCCCACCUGCCUUCCUGCUAACUUAGUCUUCUGUAACACACUUCAAGUUUAUAUUGAAUGUUUUUAUUUGUUUUCCCACCAAUGUUAAUUUAUAAUUUUAUUUAAAGUAAAACAACAACAUAAAAUAAAACUGACCUUUGGAAUUUGACUGACUUGUGAUUUGCCUUUAGACCAUUCAAAACAAAUUCCUGCCUCCAGCUGGCAAUGCAAUUAAUUAGAUCACGAUGCUUGCUGUCUGGUUCUGUCCUUGACACUAGUUC